UCACAAAUAAAAUUCUACGGAAGACAUUUAUCGCGGACGAGUGUUCCUUCAAAUUGGUUCCGGGUAUCAACAGCCUGGUGGCUAACAUUAGCUGAAACGAAAUCUCCACUUCACAUUCUGCGACAGGGUGGUUAACAGAAAUAUCGGAACAGGAUGGAUGGUGAAGAGAGAACCUACGGUGGCUGUGAAGGGCCAGAUGCCAUGUAUGUGAAGUUGAUCUCUUCAGAUGGCCAUGAAUUUAUUGUGAAAAGAGAACACGCCUUGACAUCUGGGACUAUCAAAGCUAUGUUGAGCGGGCCAGGUCAGUUUGCUGAGAAUGAAACCAAUGAAGUGAACUUCAGGGAGAUUCCGUCUCACGUCCUGUCCAAGGUCUGCAUGUACUUCACCUACAAGGUCCGUUACACCAACAGCUCCACAGAAAUCCCUGAAUUCCCCAUCGCUCCGGAGAUCGCACUGGAACUUCUCAUGGCUGCGAACUUUUUGGAUUGCUAAAGUUAGAGAUAAUGUAGCAAAUUAAAACAUUUUUAGAUUUUUGUUUUGAAUAUUUAAAAUGUUUUUUUCAUUUACAUCAUAUGAAACUUUUUUUUUUUCUGUCAUACUUUUAUUAGUAUUAAAGGGUUUCAUUUUAAUGUAAUAAAUGGAUAGGGCAGAAUGCAUCACUUGCCCCAGAAUGUGACAAAUAUGUUGCCCCCCCCCCCCAUAAAUCUUUCCUCACCUCUCCACCUUAAUAAAGAUGUGUUUGGUGAGCACUUGUCAGUUGCUACCUUGUUCUAUAUGACUUUAAAUAACAGAAAAAUCUGCAUCCCCUGUUGUGUAUUUUGGUGUAGCUCAAGUAAAACAUUACAAAAUGGAUGAAACAUGACAAAAACAGUAAGCGGAGAAAUUGCUAAAUGAUAACAAUUGCACUUUUAAAAAAAAUAUAAUACAAAAAUAAUAAUGUAUUUCAUUAUACCCUGUAUCCUUUGUAAUAGGAGUACAUUGGUUGCUUUUCAUUGUAAGAGGUAACCACGCUUGACAUUGUGUUAGGAGUAUAUGUUACAUACUUUUAAGUCUAAUUAAUGCUGGUUCUGCCAAACAGAACGUUGGAUGAAAAUAAAUUUUGGGAAAACGA